UGUCCGUCUGCGUCGCCGCCGUCGCCGCCCGCGCCCCCGCUCCGGUCUGUGGUGCAGCCGAGACCCGGCACCAUGUCGCUGUCGCGCUCGGAGGAGAUGCACCGGCUCACGGAGAAUGUCUACAAGACCAUCAUGGAGCAGUUCAACCCCAGCCUGCGGAACUUCAUCGCCAUGGGGAAGAACUACGAGAAGGCCCUGGCAGGUGUGACGUUCGCUGCCAAAGGCUACUUCGAUGCCCUGGUGAAGAUGGGGGAGCUGGCCAGCGAGAGUCAGGGCUCCAAGGAGCUGGGGGACGUUCUCUUCCAGAUGGCCGAGGUGCACCGGCAGAUCCAGAACCAGCUGGAGGAGAUGCUGAAGUCUUUCCACAACGAGCUGCUCACACAGCUGGAGCAGAAGGUGGAACUGGACUCCAGGUACCUGAGCGCUGCGUUGAAGAAGUACCAGACGGAGCAGAGGAGCCGCGGGGACGCGCUGGACAAGUGCCAGGCCGAGCUGAAGAAGCUGCGCAAGAAGAGCCAGGGCAGCAAGAACCCGCAGAAGUACUCGGACAAGGAGCUGCAGUACAUCGACGCCAUCAGCAACAAGCAGGGCGAGCUGGAGAGCUACGUGUCGGACGGCUACAAGACCGCACUCACCGAGGAGCGCCGGCGUUUCUGCUUCCUGGUGGAGAAGCAGUGUGCUGUGGCCAAGAACUCAGCCGCCUACCACUCCAAGGGAAAGGAGCUGCUGGCUCAGAAGCUUCCAGUCUGGCAGCAAGCCUGUGCCGACCCCAACAAGAUCCCGGAGCGCGCGGUGCAGCUGAUGCAGCAGAUAGCCAGCAGUAACGGCUCCGUGCUGCCCAGCGCCCUGUCGGCCUCCAAGUCCAGCCUGGUCAUCUCGGACCCCAUCCCGGGGGCCAAGCCUCUGCCUGUGCCCCCCGAGCUGGCGCCCUUCGUGGGGCGGAUGUCAGCCCAGGAGAGCGCGCCCGUCCUGAACGGCGUCUCCGGCCCAGAGAGCGAGGACUACCACCCCUGGGCUGACCGCAAGGCCACCCAGCCCAAGUCCCUGUCCCCGCCACAGUCACAGGGCAAGCUCAGCGACUCCUACUCCAACACACUCCCCGUGCGCAAGAGUGUCACCCCCAGAAACAGCUAUGCCACCGCUGCCCACGCUGUCCCCACAGCUGAGAACAAGACUCUGCCCCGCUCCAGCUCCAUGGCCGCCGGCCUGGAGCGCAACGGCCGCACACGGGUGAAGGCCAUCUUCUCCCACGCGGCCGGCGACAACAGCACGCUGCUGAGCUUCAAGGAGGGCGACCUCAUCACCCUGCUGGUGCCCGAGGCCCGCGACGGCUGGCACUACGGCGAGAGUGAGAAGACCAAGAUGCGGGGCUGGUUCCCUUUCUCCUACACGCGGGUCCUGGACAGCGAUGCCAGCGACAGGCUGCACAUGAGCCUGCACCAAGGCAAGAGCAGCAGCACGGGCAACCUACUGGACAAGGAGGACCUGGCGCUCCCGCCCCCUGACUACGGCACGUCGGCCCGGGCCUUCCCCGCGCAGCCAGCCGGCACCUUCAAGCAGAGGCCCUACAGCGUGGCCAUGCCAGCCUUCUCCCAGGGUCUGGAUGACUACGGGGCGCGGUCCGUGAGCAGUGCCGAGGAGGAGGUGGCCAGGUUCUGAGCUCCCUGCCCGGAGGUAGUAAGUGGCCUGCUUUCUGCGUGCCGCACCCCCGGCCUGGGUCGGGGCAGCCACGCUCAGUGCAGGGGCCCGGCUGCCCGGCACAGCCUGGGGGUCAGCCUAGCCUGUCGGGUCCUGGGCUCUGGGCUUCUUUCUGGGCAUCCUCCUUGGGCUCACGGACCUUCUGUGCUGGGUGUGGUGCUGGCCUCUCCUGCCCCUGUGGGCUGCUUCUGCCAUGGUCACGGGUGACCUGGAGCUAGUCUCUGCCCCAGCCGUGCGCUGCCGGGUGUGGGGGGCGGGUCUGAACCGGCGUGGUGGGUGUCAUAAGGUGAGCCCCAAGCAGGGCAGGCCUUGGCUCCUGCGGCCGCGUGGGCACCGGCGCCGCUCUGCUCUGUUGCCGUCUGACCCCAACAUGGGGCAGAUGCCCCAGAGCAGGCGCUAAGCGUCGGCACGCCUCACUCGUGACCACUGCUGUCCUCCAUCCUGGGCACAUGCUCUGACUUGGAGAGCUGGAGUGUGACUUCUAGAUGGUUCUGUAGAAGCAUGAGCCUGGAGUUAGAAGCAGGGCCAUGGCUGAGCUGGCAUUCUUGCUGGGGCCUUGGCCUGGGUUCUCCCAGGCCUUGCCUGACAAUGGUGUGGGGGGGAGCUGUGCCCAGCCUUGGCCUGGUGGUGCCAGGGGGAGCUGUGCCCAGCCUGGCUGUGCUCAGGGCCCCGAGAGCAGGGCUCAUGGCAUCAGUGGGCAGGGCAGUGCCAAGCCCACUUUGUUUACGUUCUAGCACUGUAGGGCUGCAGAGGGGAGCAGCCUAAGUCCUGGAGUUGUGUAGCAAGUGCCCCUGUUGACAGUGGUACCUGCACGCUGUGUGUGGGCACCGUGAUUGCCCAAGGCACCUGACUACUGCCUAGGACCGUGGCCAGGCCCCCGCAGCAUGGGCCCUCUGCCCAGAGCCCUGGCACCCAGGCUGCUGCCCUGCAUGGCUCCGUCUGUUCUGGAGACACCGUGGCGGCCAGCACUCCCCCUUAUCGCCCGGAGGGGUGGCGUUCCUGUCACGGCUCUCCCCC